ACCUUCUUACAGCGUUUCUUUGUGUGCGCCAAUCAUUGGCGACGUCGAGGACCCGAUGGCUCCAGCGGGCCCAUCUUCUUCUAUCUGGGGAACGAGGCGGAUGUCACGCUGUACCUCAACAACACGGGCCUUAUGUGGGAGGGCGCCCCCGACUUUGAGGCGAUGCUGGUUUUCGCGGAACAUAGGUACUACGGUGAAUCCGUACCGUACGGCAAGAAUGUACGGAAACACAUGGGGUACUUGAUGGCCGAGCAGGCCAUGGCGGACUAUGCGGAGCUGAUCAUGGAGAUCAAGGAAGAGUACGACGCGGAAGGGAGCGCCGUUAUUGGUUUCGGAGGGUCGUAUGGCGGCAUGCUGGCGGCGUGGAUGCGGCUCAAGUACCCGCACGCGUUGGACGGCGCCAUCGCGGCAUCUGCCCCCAUCUGGAACUUCCUAGGAGAGACGCCGCCAUUCGACUCGGGCUCCUUCGCCAAGGGCGUCACGUACGAUGCAUCGGAGCUGGCUGGCUCGGCGCCCGCCUGCAUCGACAAUGUACGAGCUACAUGGGGCCUGCUCCGUAUCUACGGCGGGGACGAGCACGGUCGUGCGUUCCUGGCGGAUGCACUUCAGCUAUGCUCCGGAGCCGGUCCUCAAAAUGAGGACGACGUGAUCUUGCUGAGGGAGUGGUUGGCAGCCGCCUGGGACAUGAUGGCCAUGGGUAACUUUCCGUAUCCAUCGUCGUACAUCACGAACGGUCACGGCCGACUGCCGGCCUUCCCGGUCCGCGUCGCGUGUUCGUACUUGGACAGCGAUUCCUUCAAUGAUGAGGACCUUUUGGAGGCCAUGAGCCUGGCCGUGGGUGUGUUUUACAACCACACGGGUGACGUGUCGUGUUUCGACCCGUUGAGCGGUACGGACCCCGAUAGCGACCACGACGCGGACUUCUGGGACUUCCAAUGGUGUGCGGAGAUGUUGAUGCCCUUCUCGAAGGACGGAGCUAGCGAUAUGUUCUGGAGGGAGCCCUUCGACCUGGCCGCCGCCACCUCCGCCUGCCAGCAGCACUGGGGCAUCUCCCCGCGCCCCCUCCGGGCCACCACCGAGUGGGGCGGCCGGCGUAUCUCGGCCGGGUCGAAUAUCGUCUUCUCCAACGGCCUGCUCGACCCCUGGCACGGGGGCGGUGUGCUGGAGGACAUCUCCGACUCCAUGCCGGCCGUCAUCAUCCCGGAGGGCGCUCACCACCUCGACCUGAUGUUCAGUCAUCCGGACGACCCGCUGUCUGUCGUAGAAGUACGGCGGUUCCAGCGUGAGGCGAUCCGUGACUGGAUUGAGAUGCGCCUGCAGACGGAACAGCGGACCCGGUCCCCGACCCACCAGGUUCAGACACACCAGGUUCAAGGCCAUGGGUCGCAGCAGCAACAACAGCAACAACAGCAGCAGCAGCAGCAGCAACACGUGGAGGCGAGAUACACGCAGCGGGGAGGAGCCGCAGCGGAGCAGGCAGCUGCCGAGCAGACCAACGGUAGCGGUGGUGGUGGGAGUGGGAGUAAUAGGAGUGGGAGUGGGUGGAUGGGAGGGAUGUGGCGGGCAGUGGGGAGCUGGUUGGGGGGAGUGCUCCGGGGGGCGACAGGGCCGGGGCAGGCCGGGGUUGAGGGGGGUGGUAGCGGCGGGGCGGUUGGGAGGCGGGGGUGGUGGUGA